UGGGCAUUCCCAUUUGCAGAAGGCAAGUUAUUUGUCCUAACUCUUAGAGCUAGCUUGGAGGGGUACCAUGUGAAUGUUGACGGAAGACAUGUCACCUCAUUUCCAUAUCGCCUUGGAUUUACACUUGAAGAUGCCACUGGAUUAUCUUUGAAUGGAGACAUUGAUGUCCACUCUGUUUUCGCUGCUUCCUUGCCCACAUCACAUCCCAGUUUUGCGCCCGAACGAAAUCUUGAUUGGUCUAACAGAUGGAGGGCUCCACCUAUUCUAGAUGGACCCAUUGAACUGUUCAUUGGCAUUCUUUCAGCAGGCAAUCACUUUGCUGAACGUAUGGCUGUGAGGAAGUCUUGGAUGCAGAAUAGGCUAAUAAAAUCUUCCAAAACUGUUGCUCGUUUCUUUGUUGCACUGCAUGCAAGAAAGGAAGUGAAUGUGGAAUUAAAGAAAGAAGCUGACUUUUUUGGAGACAUUGUAAUAGUACCAUACGUGGACAACUAUGACCUUGUCGUUAUAAAGACAGUUGCCAUAUGUGAAUAUGGGGUCCGAAGAGCCUCUGCUAAGUAUAUUAUGAAAACUGAUGAUGACACAUUCGUCAGAGUAGAUGUCGUUCUUAUGGAAGUGAAGAAAAUACCUGAGAAUAAGAGCUUGUACAUUGGGAAUAUGAACUACUACCAUAAGCCCAUGCGAAGUGGUAAAUGGGCAGUGACAUAUGAGGAAUGGCCAGAGGAAGUCUAUCCACCCUAUGCGAAUGGACCGGGCUACAUUAUUUCAUCGGACAUUGCAAACUUUAUUGUUUCGGACUUCGAGAAGCAUAAACUACGGUUGUUCAAAAUGGAGGACGUGAGUAUGGGAAUGUGGGUUGAGAAAUUCAAUGAUUCACGAGCAGUUGAGUACGUACAUAGCUUGAAGUUCUGCCAGUUUGGGUGCAUAGAAGAUUAUUAUACGGCUCACUACCAAUCUCCGAGGCAGAUGAUUUGUAUGUGGAACAAAUUGCAGCAGCGAGGAAGGCCUUUAUGUUGCAACAUGAGAUGACACACUUCCAACUGCGUUAGGACGAACAUAUUUUGCAGUAAGCGUAAAUGUUGUCGAUUGGAUAGAUGUAAUGAAGUUGUUUACAUGCUCCAUUAAAUUAAAUUCGUUUA